UUUCCUUUUUUCCGGAGCGUCGGAACGUAAGACGUGGGUCACGCAACAAGAGCAACUAGUCCCGGAAGCAAAAAGCAAAGAGGCGGAGAAGAAGACGGGAAGCAGAGCCCGCGUCCGGGUCGGCCGGCAGGGGGCGGGGCCGGGCAUGGUAACGGCUCGGAAGCCUAGGAGGCUGGGCCGGCGGGAGGCGGAGGAACCGGUGUUCGCCGCCGCCGCUGCUUCAGCUUAUUCCUUGUGGCCUCUGCGGGUCCUGCCUCAGCCAUGAUGAUCCACGGCUUCCAGAGCAGCCACCGGGAUUUCUGCUUCGGGCCCUGGAAGCUGACGGCCUCCAAGACCCACAUCAUGAAGUCGGCGGAUGUGGAGAAAUUAGCCGAUGAAUUACAUAUGCCAUCUCUCCCUGAAAUGAUGUUUGGAGACAACGUUUUAAGAAUCCAGCAUUGCUCUGGCUUUGGAAUUGAGUUCAAUGCUACAGAUGCAUUAAGAUGUGUAAACAACUACCAAGGAAUGCUUAAAGUGGCCUGUGCUGAAGAGUGGCAAGAAAGCAGGACGGAGGGUGAACACUCCAAAGAGGUUAUUAAACCAUAUGAUUGGACCUAUACAACAGAUUAUAAGGGAACCUUACUUGGAGAAUCUCUUAAGUUAAAGGUUGUACCUACAACAGAUCAUAUAGAUACAGAAAAAUUGAAAGCCAGAGAACAGAUUAAGUUUUUUGAAGAAGUUCUCCUUUUUGAGGAUGAACUUCAUGAUCAUGGAGUUUCAAGCCUGAGUGUGAAGAUUAGAGUAAUGCCUUCUAGCUUUUUCCUGCUGUUGCGGUUUUUCUUGAGAAUUGAUGGGGUGCUUAUCAGAAUGAAUGACACGAGACUUUACCAUGAGGCUGACAAGAACUACAUGUUACGAGAAUAUACAUCACGAGAAAGCAAAAUUUCUAAUUUGAUGCAUGUUCCACCUUCCCUCUUCACGGAACCUAAUGAAAUAUCCCAGUAUUUACCAAUAAAGGAAGCAGUUUGUGAGAAGCUAAUAUUUCCAGAAAGAAUCGAUCCUAACCCAGCAGACUCACAAAAAAGUACACAAGUGGAAUAGAAUGUGAUACAACAUAUACUUACUGUGGAAUCUGACUGGACACCUUGGCUAUUUGUGAGGGGUUAUUUUUAUUAUGAGAAUUAAUUGCCUUGUUUAUGUACAGAUUUUCUGUAGCCUUAAAGGAAAAAAAAAUAAAGAUCGUUACAGGCAGGUUUCACUCAA